AUGGAGCCAUUAAGUCUUGCGGUCGGGCUUAUUCCUUUGAUCAAACUUGCCUCCACGGUUGGAACCUACUUGAGAGACUUCAAGAAUGCCACUAAGGAGUACGGAGAUAUGGCUGGGGAACUCAUGAUCCUUCAAUUGGUUCUUGAGAAGCUCGAAAAGCUGGUCAGCGACGAAUCACAUGAGGACGCCGUGAUAUCGCCUGGAUCACCGUUCAGUGAGUUGAAAGGUCCCAUAAAGCGACUGGAAGACACUCUCAAAUUGCUUGAAAGCAAACUCUGUUCCGUGAGCAAAUACAAAGAUCCAUGGGAACGACUGACGUGGCACUUCGACAAAAAGGAAUUUGAACAAGCGCGCAAAGUCAUUUCAUACACCCAGGACUCGAUUACUGCUCUGCUCGUGAGCGGCAUUGCAGGACAAGUCAGGAAGGGUCAUAGCGAGGUUAUGAGCAAACUUGAUUCGCUUAAAGAUACCCAGGACCGAGAUGAAAGAAAGCAGCUCUUAGACUGGUUGUCGCCCGCUGAUUUCACCCUGCGACAGCGGGAGAUCUUCUCCAAACGCUGUCCCGGAACUGGCAACUGGUUCCUGGACACGAAGGAUUAUCAAGCCUGGCGAGAAGGGACUGGCCCAAACACACUUUUCUGCCCCGGGAUCCCAGGUGCAGGAAAGACCAUCAUAUCUUCUCUAGUGGUGGAUGACCUACGCCGCUGGCGGAAGAGGGAUGACAGUGUCGUCGUUUGCCUAUAUUGCACCUACGGAGAGAAAAACGAACAGUCCUCACAGAGCUUUCUAGCCAACAUCAUCAAGCAAACCUUGCAAAGCAAACCUACCUUAAGGGCCCCUCAGGAGAUUCUCCAAUAUCAGGAAAGGCGACCGACAAGCCCACCGACUUUUAAAGAGCUUGCUACACCAUUCAGGUCACUCGCCUCGCAAUUGGCGCCGGUCAUUAUCAUUAUCGAUGCACUAGACGAAACAGACGAGAACAGUUCUAUCCGGCGUGAGUUGCUGGAUCUUCUAGGUGAGCUGGAUGUAAAGCUUUUCGUGACAUCGCGCGACAUUCAAGCCAUCCGACAGCGCUUUGAAAGAGUGCCUAACAUAGAGAUCAAAGCACGCGAGACUGAUGUCCAGCAAUAUGUCCUUGACAGAAUUGAACGGACGCCUUCAUUGAAUUGUUUUGUGGAGCCCCGUUCCGACCUUGAGCGAAUGAUUCUGGAAAGAGUAGUGUCAGAGACGCACGGAAUGUUUCUUUUGGCCAAGUUUCAUGUAGACGCACUGGACAACCAAACGAGGCCAAUAGAGUUAAAGAGGGCCCUACAAGCUUUGCCCCUAAGCAUUUUUGAAUGUUAUAACAAUAUAUGGGACAGAAUACAGCGGCAGCCUAAGCCUAAGGCGAAACUAGCAAGUGAUGUGCUGUUAUGGCUAGGUUGUGUAUUUCGCCCAUUAAAUAUUCGGGCUCUUCAGCACGCUUUGGCAAUCAUGCCAGACAUACCUUCAAUCCAAGCAGACGCAGUGCCUGGGGUGGACAUGAUUUUGUCAGUAUGUGCAGGAUUGGUGAGCGUGCAAAAAGAGACCGGAACAAUCCAGCUGGUCCACUAUACAGCGAAAGAAUGGCUAGACAGGUCGCGGGAUGAUUUGUUUCCGGACAGUCGAUCCUUCAUGGUUCAGAAAUGUAUGAAGUACCUCUCGUUUGACAUUAAAGAUACCCGAAAACAUUGGACAGAUGAACAGCUUCGGACUUGUCCACAUCCACUCUUGCCAUAUGCUGCUGUAUAUUGGGCGGAGCACGCUCGAGGUUGUUUCGAGUCUGAGCAUACAGAGGAUAUCGUGGGUUUCUUGAGACAGCCCCGCCCACUCAAACGAAUGAUUCAGGUCAAGUACAAGUGGCGCGAAUAUCAUGAGGGGGCGGAAGGAGCCAUCUUGAGAGAGAAGGUGUCUUAUUCAAACGGCACCUUGGGCUUCCUCAUUGCCGCAGCCGAAGGAUUCCAGCAUGUUCUGACUGCAAUGCUGGAUAGCGAACAAUCUGUAAACAUUAGCCAGCGACACGCUGCGACUGCUUUGUUCUUCGCUAUAACACGUGAUGAUAAUAAUAUGGUGAAUAUGCUCAUUGCAAGAACAGGUGUCGACGUAAAUUGGCUUUCGAAGACCAAUGACCUCGCAUUACAGCUAGCAGCAGCCAUAGGCUCAACCGAGAUGGUAGAAACACUGAUCAACAACAGCGCCAAUGUUAAUAUGCAGUGUGGGACUGGUACAGCUUUGCACACAGCAGUCACAAAUGAUGACACCGGGGUCGCGCAGGUUUUGAUAAGACACGGGGCUGACAUUAACUCGAAGAUUCUAUCUCGAAAAUUUCCUGACGAACACAUGAGUACCCCAAUGUUCACCGUCUGUAACAUAGGACCUUCCUCUGAUGAUAUGCGUGAACUUAUGCUCUCCAGUGGAGCGGAUAUGCACGCCAGAGAUGCGAAGUCCUGGACUUUACUUCAUGCCGCUGCUUGGAAGGCCGACUUCAAGAGUUUGAAAUGGCUCAUAAAGAAUUCCAAUAUUGAUUUGGAGGCUCGAGACUCUAAAGGUCGCACGCCCUUGCACAUGACUUGGGGCAGAACAAACAAUUAUUGUGUUGAAGUUCUUCUAGACAGCGGUGUCAACGUUGAUACUAAAGAUGACGACGGCAGGACUGCUUUGGCUAUAGCUGUCAAGAAAGCUCGCUGGAGACCCAUUUCACCCGUGCUCUUCCAAUAUGGCGCCAAAUUUGACACCUUCAUCCAGAAGCAUCCAUAUCUCUUGCACACAAGCAUCAAUAAGCUUAUCGAACUUUCCCACGGUGAGACAAAUACUGUAACAAUCAUGUCCAACAAUAUCAGACUCUGCGUCAAGUUCGGCCUGAAUCCACAUUCUGUUGAUAGGAGCGGAAGGUCACUGCUCUGGUACGCUGCAAGGUUGGAAUCUUUGGAGCUUGUAAAGACUCUUCAUCAGGAAUUUCAUCUGGAUAUCCAUCUUGCAGACAUAAAUAGCAUCACGCCUCUACAACGCGCUUGUCAGCUUUCAAGCCUUGAAGUUUUGCACUACCUCGUGGAUAAUGGUGUUGAUACCAGGGUAGUAGAGAAACGAGGCUGCUCUCUUUUGGAUCUAGCCCAUGAAGCCUGGGAUAAGACGAAGGAUGCACGCAAGAGACCUGACUCGAGAAGACUAGAGCAGCUAGACAACAUAAGCAAAUAUCUCGAGUCACUUGGGAUCCCAUCAACAAAACACACAACAUGGCAGGAGAUCGAAGCAUGGCAGGCUCUGGGAUCUAUGACCGCUCUUACAUCUGAUCCCCAUUCACCUGUAAACCUGACUAAGGAAGUUUCACUAGCUAUGGAACCCUCGCAAGAGGCAUCGCCAGCUUCUUCAGACCUGACAUCGACUUCAAUCAAAGCAACUGGCUCAUAG